GGGAUAGUCACGAGGGUUGAAGUUGACUCUCCAUCAGAUUUGCCCACCCAGCACUUUCGAGUGCAACUUAGUAGUAUCACCGUUAUCAACAGUUCCGCUGCAUUUUUGCUUUCCCUUUUCUGGCUCCUGGAGCCCCUGAUCGGGCCGCAUGACAAGUAAGCCGUUCAAGGUGGUACUGCGUCUUGCCUGCUUGACUAUCUCUGGCGCGUUACAUUGCUCCAUCGUGGAGUCGGGAUGUCACCUAAUUACCUUAUCUCGACUUCUGGAACUACCAUCAGAACGCCCACUGGAUGGGUGGCCAUCCGCUCUCGCAUUCUGCAAAACUAACUCAUCUGUCUAUUAUACAGGCCAGCGCUAUAUUAUUUUUCUGCUGUUAUUCACUAUGAUUUGCCGGGAUCGCAAGGCAGCUAUUCCUAUAGAGAUGUCAUCCGUUGGAUGUGUCAUGAGGCUUCCCGCUAGUUCACGCGAUAAGGCUAACCAGGCCCUGGUGUCUCCCGAUUGUUUAGAUCGAACCUCUAAUUCGAUCUCAACCGGGGAACGUUGCGUUGUACCCCCAAGUUAAUAAUUUCCACCCAGCUGGGCUAGCAGGGACAAAGCCAUUGUUACGGGU